AUGUGAGCAUAGAGUUUUUACUCAGCUCUAUAAAUAUCAAAAUUUUGUAUUACACAUUCAACAUUUAACAAUAUUUGGCAAUGUUUUCAAAAUUUGUGACCAGGUACAGGUCCUUGCUUCGAAAUUGUUCGCCUCUGCUUACCGGAAGAUGUACCUACUAUAAUGUUUGCUCCCAAAUUCAAAAACCUUUCGAAACCCGCGAAGGACCUCUCCCACAGUUGCUUGGCAGGCCUGUAUUUGUGAACCAAAAGAGAUUUAUGCCCAUGGAAAUUAUUAUUGUUGUUCACGACGAUACCCGGUUUUAUAUCGACGUCCACGGUAAAGAGGCUGAACUGUCAUACAGAAUUAAAAAUGGAGUUAUGACGAUAUUCCACACCAGAGUUCCAAAAGAGCUUGGAGGCCUUGGACUUGGAAAAAAUCUGGCUAAGGCAGCUCUGGACUUUGCGAUGAGUAACGCUUAUUUUUUGGACAUAAGAUGUGGUUUUGUUCUGGACUAUCUUAAUAAGUACAAGCCCCAUUAUGCGAGAUACUUAAUACAAUAAGCUCUAUUUCAACAAAUAGAUACAAAAUAUAUGUUUUUUUUUUUAAAUA